AUGUAAUUAUACUCUGAAAAAGCUAACUCUAUUGAUAUCACUUUUAAAAAUAUUUCUGUAACUGUUCAAACAAAAACAGGGUAAAAAUCAUUACUCAAGAAUGUCUCAGGUAUCUGCAAACACUCAGAAAUUACAGCUAUAUUAGGUUCAUCUGGUGCUGGUAAAACCACAUUGUUAAAUACUAUUUGUGGCAGAAUAUAGAAUAAUAAAACAACUUAGGUCAGGGGAACUGUUUAAGCUAAUUCAAAUGAAAUCACUUUUGAAAAUUUCUCAGAAUUUGGCUCUUACGUAAUGUAAGAUGAUGUGUUAUUAGAGACUAUGACUGUUAGAGAAUGUCUCUAAUUUGCUGCCAAUUUAAAGGUGUAAGGUGAUUAAUAAUAAAAAGAUAUUGUUGUAGAUGAAAUAUUGAAAAAUUUAAAAUUAGAAAGAUGCUAAAAUACAUUAAUCGGAGGAUAAUUUGUAAAAGGUAUUUCUGGAGGAGAAAGAAAGCGAGCAUCAAUUGGAUUCGAACUCGUUGCAAAUCCUUCUGUACUUAUUUUAGAUGAACCUACUUCUGGAUUAGACAGUUUUACAGCUUAUCUACUAAUUACUGAGCUCAAAAGAUAUGCUUAAUAAAAGGGCAAGACAGUAAUCUUUACUAUUCACUGUCCUUCAUCUGAUAUUUGGUCUAUGUUUGACAGAAUUUUGCUUCUUGCUGAUGGUAGAUUUAUAUACUAAGGAGGAAAUUAUUUUAUGAGCAUAGCGCAUUCUAAAGAUUCAAACACUUAAAAUUAUCCAAUAUACUUUGAAGGUUACGAUUCUUAAAUAAAGGAUAUAGUUGAGUCAGAAAUUGAAUAAAAAUAAAAUUCGUAGAUUCUUGUGAAUAAAUAUUCAACAUCUUAAUUAUAUCAAAUUUCACAAAUAGCUAAAAGAGCUUUUAAUGCAGUUAAAAGGAAUCCCAUUCUUUUCAAAGCUCGUAUUUUCUAAGCAAUAAUUAUGGGAUUAAUUUUAGGUCUAACUUAUCUCUAAAUGGAAGAUGGAUCAAAUAAUCCCACUAGCAUUAGAGAUAUGAAUGAUAGAAAUGGACUCUUAUUUUUUAUUUGCAUCAAUCAAUUGAUGACAUCUCUUAACCCGUGUCUUUUAUCUUUCCCAACAUUUAGAAAUGUGUUUUUGAGAGAAUAGAAUUCUAAAUUUUACACUAUUUUUGCUUAUUUCUUUGGAAGAUUAGUUGUUGAAAUAAUUCCAUGUAUUGUUGUCCCUAUAAUAUAAGGCAUAAUUUAGUUUUACAUGAUUGGACUAAACGAUCACACAGCAGGAAAUGUCGUUUUCUAUUUAUUCAACUUAGUACUUAACAGUUUAAUAGGAUUAGGUAUGGGUUACAUUGGAGGUUCUAUAUUUUCUCAAAGCAAGACUGCAAUUAUUAUGAGUCCUUUUAUUUUUCUUCCUAAUGCCCUUUUUGGAGGUUACUUCAAGAACAGAAAAGACUUUGCAGAUUGGAUUUCUUGGAUUGAAUAUGUCUUCCCUAUUAAAUAUAGCUUCAAUGCUAUCGCUGCUAAUGAACAUGAAUAUAGUAAGUUUACUCCAAAUCCAACUACACUACUUAAUUUAGAGUUUUCUAAAUGGGAAUGCGUCUAUAUAUAAUUAGGAUUUAUAGCAGGAUACUUAUUAAUUAGUUAUAUCUGCUUAGCUCUUAAUAAAAAGAGAUUAUAGUGA